GGAGAGUUCAGAGGUCAAAGGGCGUUGAGGGGCGUUAGAUCGGCGUCCCUCUGGGGAGGCCGGGACAGGAUAUGAGGUGGGAAGAAUCAAGUUGCAACCGAGUGCUCGCUCUAUCAAAAACAGAUGCUAUCUCAACACUAGUCUAAGGUGGUUUUCCACUGACCCUAUGGCUGAAGACAUCCUCCCUUGACUUCUAUCCGAAUACGACCUAGUUCAUUCAGUGUUACAUCAUCAGGCUAACAAAUAUGGAGCUCUUCACCAGAACUUGGAGAAUAAUUUCAAUGGGCACUAAAGUUCUGGACUAGAAUUGUUCAGAAAGGUAGAUGGACUUUAAGGCAAUUGCCCAAAGCUCUGCUGAAGAGGUUUUAGCUUACAAUCAAGAUACAUCUGACUGGAAAGUGGUUAAAUCUUCAAAAAAGGUAACUGUUUCCAGCAAGACCUCUAGAAAGUUCCUCGGAAAUCUAUAUCGUAUUGAAGGCGUAAUUCGAGAGUCAACAGCUAAGGUCUCCAAUUUCCUCUACCAACCUGAAAACAGAAUUACAUGGGAUAAAUCAUUGAAAGGAUACAAUGUGAUACACAAGAUUGAUUCGGACACAUUUAUAUGCCAUGCCAUGACACAAAGUUUUGCCAUGGGCUCAAUUUCCCCUAGAGACUUUGUCGACGUAGUCUGCAUCAAGCACUAUGAAGGGAACAUCGACAUUAUCAGUACUAACAGUGUGGACUUCCCAGGAUAUCCUCCAUCUCCGCAUUAUAUCCGUGGUUAUAAUCAUCCUUCUGGCUAUGUAUGUUCACCUCUCAAAGAAAACCCAGCAUAUUCCAAGCUAGUGAUUUUUGUCCAGACAGAAAUGAGAGGAAAGCUGCUUCCAUCGAUAAUCGAAAAAUCUAUGCCUUCCAACUUAGUGAGCUUCUUCCUCAAUGCAAAAGAUGGUAUAAAGGCACAUAAAAUUCCAUCCAUACACGGACGUCACAAUGGGCACCCAUCAGUUACACCCAUCAGUAAAUAA